CGUUGGGAUGCACUUAAGUGACCUCCAGGAAAUGAACUGUGUAUGGGAAUCGAACCAGUUUAAAACUGAAACAAAUGUGUAAUAGUUUAUGGAUUUAUUUAGAUUGACUGGAUGAUUAUACAUAAAAGUCUUUUGGAAACACCACGGGAAAAACGUUCGACACGGUAUGAGAAGAUUGUGAAUGCAACAGUGUCCUGCCGUGAUCAACCUGUAUCCUCAUGGGCAAGUUGUCGAAUACCGGUACUACGUGUGAAGUUGUCACUUCGAAUACCAGUUGCUGAUGUGGUCAAGGCCUCAUGGGUUGGAUAAUUAAAAUCAAAGGUCUUUUGGCCAGAGUUGCUACUACGUGAACAGAGAUGCGCAUGUCUGUGCUUCAGUAAAACUUCACCCAGUAGCCUACCGCAAGUUCGGGGCCAAACCAAUUUCAUCACCACAAAUGCUCAGUUAGAUCAAUUUACGUUACAGUGAGAAAUCAUGGGGACACAUAGAAAAAAUGGCUACAGAAAGGAAACGUUUAUUCUAUCCGUGGACGUUGGAACAACUUCAAUCAGAUGUCAUGUCUAUGACAAAGAAGCGAAAAUAAGAGGAACAUGCACACAUAAGGUGUCCCUGUUGUAUCCUGAGCCAGGACGUGUUGAGAUGGACCCAGAAGAGCUCUGGCAAAGCUUUGUCACAGUGGUGAAAGGCGCAGUGCAGGAUUCAGGCUUUCAGAUGUGGCAAAUGGAGGCCAUAGGAAUCUCAACACAAAGGGCUACAUUCACCACCUGGGACAGGAAGACUGGACGUCCUUUUCAUAACUUUAUCAGUUGGCAAGACUUGAGAGCAGCCGAACUAGUGAAAUCAUGGAACCAAUCCUGCACAAUGAAGUCGAUCCAUGGAGUGAUGAAAGUGUUGCACUUCUUCACCAGACAGAAGAGGUUUCUGGCUGCCAGCCUAGUCGUUUUCUCUACCCAGCAUAUCACACUGCGUCUGGCCUGGAUGCUCUCCAAUUGCCCAGAGUUGAGUAAAGCGGUGAAUGAGAACAGUUGCUGCUUUGGAACCGUUGACACCUGGCUGCUCUACAAACUCACAAAAGGUUCAGUACAUGCAACCGAUUACUCAAAUGCAAGCACAACUGGAAUCUUUGAUUCAUACCAGAUGUGUUGGAGUGGAUUUCUGUGCUCACUCCUCUCUCUGCCUCUCUCUAUUCUCCCCAAAGUGCAGAAUACUAGUCACAACUUUGGUUCAUCAGACCCCUCCAUAUUUGGAGUUGCCAUACCAAUCAUGUCAGUUAUGGCAGACCAGCAGGCGGCCAUGUUUGGUGAAUGCUGUUUUGACACAGGUGACGUAAAAAUCACCAUGGGAACAGGGACGUUCAUGGACAUUAACACAGGGGCAAAACCACACACUUCUGUCGCUGGCCUCUAUCCUCUGGUGGGUUGGAAGAUCGGGCACAGUGUGGUGUAUCUGGCAGAGGGCAAUGCUGCAGAUACGGGCACAGCCAUCAAAUGGGCACAGGAGCUAGAGUUGUUCACUGAUGUGAGUGAGACUGAGACAAUGGCCAGCAGUGUGAAGGACGCUGAUGGAGUGUGUUUUGUCCCCUCGUUCAGUGGUUUGCAGGCUCCACUGAAUGACCCUGGAGCUUGUGCAUCCUUUAUGGGUCUCAAGCCUUCUACUACUAAAAACCACCUGGUGAGGGCCAUCCUAGAAUCAGUGGCAUUCAGGAAUAAGCAGCUCUAUGACAUUAUGCAAAGGGAAACACACAUUCCUAUCUCUAAAAUAAGAGCGGAUGGUGGAGUCUGCACAAAUAAUUUUGUAAUGCAACUGACUGCUAACCUGUUCGGACGCAAGAUCGCAAGGCCCAAUCACUUCGACAUGUCUGCUUUGGGUGCAGCUUUUAUGGCAGGACUGGGAGUAGGCUUCUGGAGCAGUCAGGAGGAGCUGAAGAGCCUGCACUCUGUAGAGCGCCUAUUCCUGCCCCAGAACAGGCCCCAGGGAGUUGCCAACCAGUACACGCCUGUCAUCCGCAGCUGGGAGAGGGCACUGGAGCGCUCUAUGCACUGGUACAGCAACUUCUAAUGGUGGGUCCUCACAGAUUCAGAGCAGUCCUGACUUCAUUCUAGGGACUCCGAGUACUGCACAGCUUGCCUUUACGCUCCUUUUCUGAAAACUGAGUCAUGAAGGAACCUGUCCAUUUGUACCAUGGACCUAAAAUCAUCCUAUGGCAUUUACAGCACUCAUUUAUUAUGCCUGGUUGUAAUCCUGUGUAUUCUCCUGAAAGCCUUGGUUAGCUGAAUCAGCUGCAUCAUAAUAAUGAGUAUAAUCAUUUUGCCACUUUUUUUUUUUUUUCAUUUCAAUCCCACGUGAUCCUUGGAUAGUUUUCUACAGAUGAUGUCACCAACAGUGCCUAAACAUGCAUUACUUGAUUUCCCAUAGUCUUGUUAGACUACCUCAGACCAUCAUCAAUUUGUCGUUAUUUUUUUUUUGUUAGGAAUAGUGGAAAUUAAAAGCCAUACUAAUGACCUAAUAGCAAGAUGGACAAUUGAAUUGUUUUUGUAACAAAAGCGUCAUUGUAAUUUGUGUGGUAUGUGAUCAGUUUCUGUGAUCAGUGAUGUUUACAUGCAUGCAUGUUGAGUAUAAAUGCAGAUGCUUAUAGCAACUUCUUGUUGUAAAAACCCAUAACAGUUUUUGACUGUGCACUGACUGGAUUGAUGUGUUGACAGGAAGCUAAACUAGCCUGGUACUGCCAUGCCACUGAUAUUUCACAGUAUUGUUGCGGUUAGAGGCUUUUUACAACUGGCUUAGAAGAGGUUCAGUGGUGGGGUGGUUUCCAGCCUGUUUGGCCUCUGCUAGCGAGAUUCAGCCAACAUUACUUGCCUGUUGCUAUCACCAUAACCCUUCCUCUGAGUUCUAUCAUUGGCUCUUGGGCAUUUUGGUGAACCAUUUUGUAAAAUGCUGACAGCUAGCUUGGCUAACACUAAACCACUUCUCAAAUCUCAAUUUGUACACUUAAUUCACUUUCAAUUUCCUGGGGGCAUAACCACAGUGAAAUUAAGCAGAAAUUUGUACAUUGAAUUUGGAAGUAAAGAAAACACAUCUUUCUUGUAAAUUAAGGUUUUAAUGAAGUUUUUUUCCCUGAAAUCUGCUUCAACGGGAAGGUCUCCAGACAGACCUGCAGAGCAAAUUCAAAUUUACCAACAGGUUCAUCUGGGUUCACCCAGGCUAGCAUUAUUGGCGUGCACGAUGCAAGUAUCCAUGGGUUGUACAGAAAAUUACAUUGGAUAGCCUGGUAACAAGAACUCAAUAGUGAAGGAUAAGUGACCAAUUAUGAACAAUGUAGGCCUAGAACAAUUUUCAGUGGACUAGAAGAUUACUGUAAAACAUGAUCAUAUUUUUAAAGUAAAAAAAAUAUGUUAAAGUCAUUGAAUUAUUAUGUUGCCUUGUAAUGAUUAUGCACUGCCUUCCCUGAGAACAAAUAUAAUCAAUCAGGGACCUUGCUCAAGUAAUGUCAGUAGAACUAUACUGUGCUUCCUGGGGCCUUCUGGUCGCAAACUGUAAACUUUAACUGUAAACCACAAUAACUGUGACACUGUAUUGUUAUUUGUUUGUUAUGUAACUGUAUUAGAGUGUAUUGUUUAUAAUGCAUUUCACUGCUCUCUUAGCAAUUGCUCAAUAAAGUAACAUCUGCAUCAUA